AUGCAGCGGCGCACGGCCAUCAAGCGGCAGCCAUGGACCAAGGACGCGGCGGCGCGGCGCCGGGAGACGCUGGCGCAGCAGCGGCAGGCCAGGAGGGACCUCACGGCGCACGCGCGGCAGCUGGCGCAGCAGCAGGAGCCGCCGUCGCCCUCGGGGCCCGCGCCCAUGGACGUGUCAUCAUCAUCUGCAGCUCAGACCAAGCGCCGCACCCGCGAGGAGCGCGUCAAGCAGCGCCGCGAGCACUUCUCCAAGCAGCUGAUGACGCCCGAGUGGCUCAUCGACGUGCCCAAGGACCUCAACGGCAGCGGCAGCGCGCUGGGCGAGGGCUGGUACGUGCUGCCGAGGCCCGAGGGCAAGCGCUGCCUCGUGGUGGCCAACGGAGGUAACACGGUGGCGAGGAUUCCGUCUGGGGGGAUCCUGAAGAAGUUCCCGUCGGCGCUGCCCUGCGGCUCGCACAAGACCAACAAGUCGAGCGACGGCUACUGCAUCUUGGACUGCAUCUUCCAGGAGCAGGACGCCACCUUCUACGUGCUGGACGUCAUGUGCUGGAAGGGCUACCUGCUCUAUAACUGCACCACCGAGUUUCGGCUUUACUGGAUGCGGGACAAGCUCUCGGAGGGAGCGACGGCGACGGUCACGCCAGCCAACCCGUUCCGGUUCUUGAGCGACCCGGCAGGGAUCAUGGCGGCGUACUCGACUACCUAUCCGUUUCUCAAAGACGGACUCCUGUUCUACAUGAAGGCUGGUCACUACGAAAUGGGGCUGUCCCCGCUUGCGCUGGUCUGGAAGGAUGCCAACACAAGCCGUUUCUACGUCUACUCGGCGAAGCCCUCCAUUGUGCUACGUCUCGAAGGUGACAACGAGUUCGCCACGCUAGAGGGCAUCGUUCUCUUCACUGCCGGCCAGGACUUUAUCCAGCAGCACGAGCUGACCGAAGGAGACCUUGCGAGCUUUUCGUUCGAGCAACACGAAGUGGACGAGAAUCGGACCCCGCAUCUCACCGGCCUGACGUUUGAGAAGCGCUGCUCGCCGCAACGAGCCCUUCCGGAUAGCUGGACUAAAAUUUUGUUCCAGUACAACGCGAGGUCGGAAGGCGUACCGAUUGAGCGGAUUUUGGAGGUAAGCAUUCCGCGAUACUCCUCGGUAUUUCAUGUAAGAGUUUGCUUACCUUUGUGUUUACUGGUGUGGGCUGAUAGGCAGCCCAAGUUGCCACCACGGAGGUUGAGAUGGAAGGAUAGAGCGAUGACUCGGUGA